AUGAGUAAAAGCAGAUGCCCAGUGGGACCGAUGCCUUCCUCGGUGGCCCCAGCUAAGGAGCCCAACGCCAUGGGCCCGAAGGAAGUGGAGCUCAUCCUGGUGAAGGAGCAGAACGGGGUCCAGCUCACCAACUCUACCCUCGUCAACCCAGCACAGACGCCCACAGAGACACAAGAGCGGGAGACCUGGAGCAAGAAAAUUGACUUUCUCCUCUCGGUCAUCGGCUUUGCAGUGGACCUGGCCAACGUCUGGCGAUUCCCCUACCUGUGCUACAAAAACGGCGGUGGUGCCUUCCUGGUCCCCUACCUGCUCUUCAUGGUCAUUGCCGGGAUGCCGCUUUUCUACAUGGAGCUAGCCCUCGGGCAGUUCAACAGGGAAGGGGCUGCCGGCGUCUGGAAGAUCUGCCCCAUCCUGAAAGGUGUGGGCUUCACCGUCAUCCUCAUCUCGCUCUACGUGGGCUUCUUCUACAACGUCAUCAUCGCCUGGGCCCUGCACUACCUCUUCUCUUCCUUUGCCGCCGAGCUCCCGUGGACGCGCUGCAACAACACCUGGAACAGCCCCAGCUGCUCCGACGCCCACUCCGGCAACUCCAGUGGCGGCCUGGGCCUCAGCGACACCUUUGGGACCACGCCGGCUGCCGAGUACUUUGAGCGCGGCGUGCUGCACCUACACCAAAGCCACGGAAUCGAUGACCUGGGCCCUCCGCGGUGGCAGCUCACAGCCUGCCUGGUGCUAGUCAUCCUGCUGCUCUAUUUCAGCCUGUGGAAGGGGGUGAAGACCUCAGGCAAAGUCGUGUGGAUCACGGCCACCAUGCCGUAUGUGGUUCUCACCGCCCUGCUGCUGCGUGGGGUCACCCUCCCUGGAGCCAUCGACGGCAUCAGAGCAUACCUGAAUGUGGACUUCUAUCGGCUCUGCGAGGCAUCCGUGUGGAUAGACGCUGCCACGCAGGUGUGCUUCUCCCUGGGCGUCGGCUUUGGCGUGCUGAUCGCCUUCUCCAGCUACAAUAAAUUCACCAACAACUGCUACAGAGACGCGAUCGUCACCACCUCCAUUAACUCCCUGACCAGCUUCUCCUCCGGCUUUGUUGUCUUCUCCUUCCUGGGGUACAUGGCACACAAGCACAGCGUGCCCAUCGGGGACGUAGCCAAGGACGGGCCAGGGCUGAUCUUCGUCGUCUACCCGGAGGCGAUCGCGGCACUGCCGCUGUCCUCAGCCUGGGCGGUCGUGUUCUUCAUCAUGCUGCUCACCCUGGGAAUCGACAGCGCCAUGGGCGGGAUGGAGUCGGUGAUCACCGGGCUCGUCGACGAGUUCCAGCUGCUGCACCGGCACCGCGAGCUCUUCACGCUCCUCGUUGUCCUCGCCACCUUUCUCCUCUCACUCUUCUGCGUCACCAACGGCGGCAUCUACGUCUUCACGCUGCUGGACCACUUCGCAGCCAGCACGUCCAUCCUCUUCGGGGUGCUCAUCGAAGCCGUCGGGGUGGCCUGGUUCUACGGUGUCGAGCAGUUCAGCGAUGACAUCAGGCAGAUGACCGGGCAGCGGCCCAACCUGUACUGGCGUCUGUGCUGGAAGCUGGUCAGCCCCUGCUUCCUCCUGUUUGUGGUCGUGGUCAGCAUUGUGACCUUCAGGCCCCCCCACUACGGAGCCUACAUCUUCCCCGGCUGGGCCAACGCGCUGGGCUGGGUCAUCGCCACCUCCUCCAUGGCAAUGGUGCCCAUCUACGCGGCCUACAAGUUCUGCACCUUGCCCGGGUCCUUUCGAGAGAAACUGGCCUACGCCAUCACGCCCGAGAAGGAUCACGAGCUCGUGGACAGAGGGGAGGUGCGCCAGUUCACGCUCCGUCACUGGCUCAUGGUGUAG